AUGAGCGAUGAGGAUGCUAGUGAGAUUCUCACCGCUAUGAAGAUGCACCCAACCUCUCCAAACCCUCACUGUUAUCGGUCUGAGUUGUUGCCUUUCGCCCAACAGUUCAUAGACGUUGUCAAGUCUCUCAGUGCCACCCAGAGCACCCCUGCUGCCCUUGCUGCCGCAGACGAAGUCAAAGCCGAAGACCCUCCAGAAAGGAUUCAAACAUACAAGACAGUCAAUGAGGUUUGGGAUGAAAAGGCGUACAAGUAUGUCAUCGAGGAACAACACCAACCGGAAGAAAAAGUUACAGUCAAAAAAACCGAAAUACCAGUGGUCUAUAUUGACAUCAAGUCGAAAUUGCUCCGAGAUACCUGGAGAGUUAUACUUGCACAAGCUCCUGGGAUUAGUCUCAACGAGGAAAGCCUCUCCCUCGAACGAAAUAUCCUCUUCCACUAUCUCCCAGAUCUCGAGGCGUCCCGCAAAUGGAAUCGCGUUGAUCCCCAGGACAGCAUCAUCCGGGAGCACAUUGCCCUCCUUAUCGAUCACAUUAAUUUAUCCUACAAGGAGACGAAAAUCGAUGAAUCGGCUAUGAAGAGCAGUAUGGACCUUGAUGCGCUGACCGAUGAAGAUUUUCUAAUCUGUAGCCCGACUGUGCUGGGCUUCAGUCUGAAUGACAAAUUAUGGUUGGAAUUUGCGGUUGCAGACAUUUCGGAAAUUUCCUGGAAUGAGUCGCUCUUCAAUCAAGUGGCUAUACCGUCUAGGUCAAAGAAGCUCAUUGAAGCUCUGACCACAUUCCAGUCUGGUGGAAAAGCUAAAUAUACGUUUGAUGAUUUUGUGGAGGGAAAAGGCCGUGGCUUGAUUAUGCUACUCUAUGGUCCACCAGGUGUAGGAAAGACAAUGACUGCAGAAGGACUGUCGGAACACCUCAAGAGGCCUCUGCACAGUAAGCACUUCCACAUCAACCUGGCACAGGUCUCUGCCGGAAAGUUAAGCAACGAUGCGAAACAUCUCGAGGUGCAAUUGUGUGGGAUGUUUGAGGUUGCAGAAAACUGGAAGGCUUUACUUCUCCUCGAUGAAGCCGACGACUUUCUGUGCAGGCGCUCAUAUGACUCCAAUACAACUCUCUCGUCUCGAGACUUUGAUGAAGCAGUGCAGAGCAGAAUACACAUUGGUGUUAAGUAUAGCCCCUUAGGCGUUGACACGAGAAAAGCGAUCUGGAGGAGUUUUCUCGGGAAGGCAAAAACGGAGAACGGGGAUGCAGCGUAUAGUGACAAGCAGUUGAACGUCCUGGCCAAGCACAGUCUCAAUGGUAGACAGGCAAGUAUUAAGAACGCAGUGCGUUCAGCACAUGCCAUAGCAAGCAGCGAUGGAACACAUCUAUGCUAUUCUCACUUAGAGACAGUCCUCGAGGUUGGAAAGGAGUUUGAAAAUGAUUUCAGAGGAUCAGGAGAAAUGGCAAACAUGCUCUCCUACGCCUGA